GUAGCCUCUGGCUCGUGGGCGGCCUGCCCGGUGGCGCAGCCAGUCUUUUGUCUGCCGAGAGGGCCGAAGGGGCGCGCCCCCCGGCCGGCGCGCGCUGGCAGCCGGCCAUGCUGGGGCCGCCGGGCCCGCAGGCGACGAGGCGCCGCCUGCUGUCCCUGGCCGCCCUGCUCGCGAGGGCCUCGCCGGGCCCGCCGCCUGGCCAGGCCGAGCCCCCCGGCCUGCUGGCGACCCUGGGCCGGCACCACGCGAAGUCCAUCUACGCUCUGGCCUUCUCGCCUGGCGGCGGCCUGCUCGCCACCGGCUCGCGCGACAGGACCGUCGCCCUGUGGAACGCCUCGCGGGCCGUGCUGCCCGACUCGCGCGGGCGACCGCCGCGGCCGGCCCGGCGGCUCGAGGGGCACGCGGGCGGCGUCACGGCGGUUGGCUUCGUCGUCGCUGGCGGGGAGCUGCUGCUGGCCUCUGGCGGCGCUGGGGACGCGAACGGAACUGGCGGUGAGCUGCGGCUGUGGAGCGCUGGGUCGGGGGAGCUGCUACAGGUACUGGAGCACCCGAAGACGGUCUUCGGCGUGGCGGCGCCGCCCUGCGACCCGUCCGCGGAGUGGGCGGAGCUCGCCGCGGGCGCCCCUGGGCACGGUGCUGGCGCGGCAGGGCCGGACUGCGAGGUCGCGACGGCUUGCUGGGACGGCGUGGCGAGGAUUUUCGACCUGCCGUCGGGCGUGCUGAAAGCCCGGCUCCCAGGGCACGAGGGCGGGCUGUACAGCGUGGCCUAUUCCCCGCUGGACCCCUCGCUGAUCGCGACCUCCUCCGCCGACCGCACGGUGCGCAUCUGGGACCUGCGCGACCAGCGGCCUCUGUGGGUGCUCCGUCACAGGGACCACGUGACGUCCGUGGACUGGUCGCCCCGCGACCCCCUGACGUUGGCCACCGGAGGCUGGGACCGCCGCUUCAGACUGUGGGAGAUUGGCAAGUCCGAGGCGGAGGCGUGCCGGCGGGCUGGUGGGCAGUGCUCGGACGCCCUGGCCGCGCGCUCGACCGGGCGGCACCCGCAGCUCGUGUGGCGGGUGGCCUUCGCGCCCAGCGGCGAGCUGGUGGCCGCCUGCCACGGCGCGGUCGGCCAGUCGCCGACGGUCGUGCUCUACAACGUGGACACGGGCCGCGUCGUGCGCCGCCUGGGCCGCCAUAAGGACACCCCGCUGGUCGUGGGCUGGUCUCCCGACGGGCUGCUCCUGGCUUCUGCUGGCAUGGACCAGAAGGUGCUGAUCUACGACGGCCGCUCGCCCCUCGACGACAUCCCGGGCGGCGAUCCAGACGACGCGGAGGAGCAGCUGCUGUGGAGGGGGGACCUGGAGGAGCUCCGGACUGGCGUGCCCCAAACUCGACGGGCAAUGCGUCCGCUGCCGCGGCGCCCGCCGUGCCGCACCCGCUGAGCGGGAGGGUGGCGUGGCUGUGAGCAUGGCUCCCGUCCGUCGGCGGAUGCUCUUCACGUCGUCAACCCGAAGGUGUUCCAGGGAUCCCAGAACGGUGCAAUGAGUGUGGCUUCGCUCUGCACGCGUUGCGCGGUGACCCAUCAUGGUCCUCCCGUCUGGGUGGCGCUCGCCCUGGUAACCGGGUCUCUGUCGGCUUCGGGGCCUGAGAGGCGCUCCCUCUCCACAAUGGCGCACUGCGCGCGAGACUGGUUGCGCUGGCACGCCGCACCAAAGACUGCGUUGAAGAGAACAUCGCUAGAAA